ACGAUGUAACUUGUAAACAAAAAAUGGCGGAUUUCCAGCGUGUCAAACGUCAAAAAAAAUAAAUGUAUCCCAUUAAACAAAAGGAUGCGAGCAGAUCACUUGAGGACCAUUAUUCAAAUCAAUUUUAUUUUUUCGUUAACUCUAUUACUAUUAGUUUGUGCCUCGGACCACACAAUAAGAGUUGAGGACAUUUCAGAGGAAUCUUCUAGAAGUAUUAACUGUUAUAAUGCAAAAAAAGAUUAUCUGUUAGUGAGUACUAUUGAUGGGAAAUUUUCUUUGUUAAAUUCGAAAAAUGGUGAUUUGAAAUGGUCACAUAAAGUGGGAGAAUCUUUACUUUCAUCAAGCAUUGGAAGCUUUGAAGUUACUAGAAAUGGCAUCCGAACUCGUUUAAUUCCAUCUUUGGACGGUUCCCUAUACCAGUUUGAUGGGAAAAGUGUUGAACCACUACCGUUGAACGCUGAUACUUUGUUAAGCUCCUCCUUUAAAUUAAGCGAUGAUUCAGUAAUAGUUGGUGGAAAGACUUCGGAAACGUAUGGAAUCGACAUUUUAUCUGGCCGCCUAAAAUAUCAGUGUUCAGUUAAGGGUUGUAAGAAAUUCGAAGCAGAUUCCGUGCAAGAAAGCGAAGGAACUGUAGUUCUAAAUCGAAACUCUAAGACUGUAAGAUCAGUAGAAGUAGAAUCAGGAAUAGAAAAAUGGAAUUUUAGCGUUGGAGAUCAUGAAGUUAAGUAUAUACCAAAAAUCUCAAAAAAUUCAGAUGAUAAUAUUGAUGAUGUUGAAGUUGUAUCUUGUCCAAUGGACGAUGAUAAAUCUCAAAACGCUGGACCACAUACACAUGAGACAUUAGAUUAUAAUUUCAUUACGGCCGAUGGAAUAAUAAGCGCUUGUAGUCCAGGGAAUUCAGCGAUUGUUUGGAAACAAAAUCUUGAAUCUCCUCUGGCGCAAAUAUGGCAAAUUCGUAAUGAAGAAAUUUCUGAAUUAAGCCUCUUUGAUUCAAAACAUGUGCCCUCUUUAGCGAGUACAUCGGAUAAAACUGAAGUCGCCCUUAGUGCGGCUUUGUAUAUAGGAGUUUAUAAGGAUCAACUUUACGUAAAACCUUCUUCUUCGAUGCAAAAUUACCUUGAGUCUAAGCGAUCUAUGUCACCAAAUAUGCCCAAAUUAAAGUGGAAGCCGUAUAUGGCUAAUGCUCCAUCCAAAACACAAGCAAUUACGGGACCUCUAAAUUUACUUCGAAUUGGUUGGUCUUCGACAAAAUCUACAGAUGUCUCUAUUUGGCAGCAUACAGAUUCAUACAGUAAUGAUUUAAAUAAUAACUUAGGAAAUGUAUACUAUGAUUACAAUGUUGUAGAAAACGGGCUCUACUUAUUUCCGGACAAACCCCUUAAAGUCAUUAAGAAAACGACUUAUAAAACAACUCAAAUAUUCUCUAAUCAGUCUGUCAUAAAUGAAUAUGCUAUAUUCACCAUUCAUUACAUGGAUUGGAGAAGCCUAUUAGCUGCAUUCAUUGUCUGUAUUGUCCUUGUACGAACCAUCUAUCUCAAGUGCAACACUAGAAAAAGAACGAAAAAUGAAUCAAUGUCCAGCUCAAUUAGUUCAAAAUCCGAAACCGAUACUAUUAUUGAGAUGGAUAAAAAUUCUGAUGAUCAAAUUAAAGAUUCGGAAUUUUUCUCGAGGUAUUUAAAUGAUUUCGAGCAAUUGGCUGUUCUAGGAAGAGGUGGAUUCGGUGUUGUUUUUGAAGCUCGAAAUUAUAUUGAUAAGGCUAAAUAUGCCGUUAAACGGAUAUGCACUGGCUCAAGCAAGGAAACCGAGAGAAAAGUUUUGAGAGAAGCUCAAGCUUUAGCUAGGCUAGACCAUCCAGGAAUUGUUCGUUAUUAUCAAUCUUGGGUUGAGCGUCCUCCCCUUGGUUGGCAAGAAGAGAGAGAUGUUCUCAAUCGUCACUUGAAAGAUUAUAUUAGCGGAAGCGAAUAUUCACAAAAUCCAACUGCUACAGAAACCUUACCCACAGUUAAUUUUUCUAGUAAGCUCACUACUAGCUAUACAUUCCCCAGAGACGAUGAAUAUGAAGACAGUAACCUUGAAUUAGACCCUUCUUCACAAUCCGAUUCGGAUAACUGUCACGUGAGGAAAUUUUCAAAUAAUAAUUAUUCGGAUAGUAUUUCAAUUGUUUUCGAAGAAAGUUCUGCAUGCAAUUCAAAGGACAAACGAAGUAAUGAAUAUCGUUCAGAAAUUCGAAAUCGAAAAACUGUAACAGUCGAAACAGAAAGCAAAAGUACAUUUAGUAACUCUGCUUCUACGCCGCCAUCUCCAAAGAAUUAUCUCUAUAUACAAAUGCAGUUGUGCGAAAAAAAUAAUUUGGCAGAUUGGCUAUUCUCUCGAGAUAUGAUAUGCAAGGAAAAAUCUUUUGGUAUCUUUUACCAAAUUGUUAGUGCUGUAGAAUAUAUACAUUUAAAUGGAUUUAUACAUCGAGAUUUAAAGCCAUCGAAUAUAUUUUUCUCCUUGGAUGAACAGAUAAAGGUGGGAGAUUUCGGCCUAGCUAUAGAAGAGGAAGGGCUUCAAGACCUGCAAGAUACCAAUACGUCUCGCUCCAGUAAACAUACUAGAGAUGUUGGUACAAAAUUGUAUAUGAGUCCAGAGCAAAUUAAUGGUUUACAUUAUAAUAACAAAAUUGACAUAUAUUCAUUAGGAUUAUUGUUUUUUGAAUUGUUAAAUUUGUUUAGCACGGAGAUGGAACGUAGAAUGACCUUGGAAAAAGCAAAAUCUCUGAGUUUUGACAAAACGUUUACUGAAGAGAAUUUUGAAGAAACAGAUAUCAUUACAAAAAUGUUAAAUAGAAAUCCUGAAUCUAGACCAAAGGCUGCGGAAAUCAUCGAUUUGAAUAUCUUUUCAUACCUUGCCUUAACCAAAAGAAGUAAACAACGGACAAAAAGUACCUCGUCUACUUCUUCCACCAUGUAG